GCGCAUUGCGCCUACGCGGUCUCGAACGGCAGAAUAAAAACCUAGAAAACGCGCGAGUGAGGAAGAAAGAAAGGCUUUGGACUCCGUGCAAGCUGAAAAAGACGCAUCAUGGCAGCGACAGCGCUUAAAGAUCGAGCAGUUCCCAUCGAUCGACGGUAGCCAGCUUCUUCUCUAUCCGUGUCGCGGAAUUAGGGCUGUGUGGCGGGUUUGGGCGGUUCUGGAACCCGAAUUGGCGGUCUCUCCUCGAGUCUCCAAGUCUCCAAGCGCAUGUGAGAGCGAUGGCGGGUUUUCAGGGCUUAUGGUAGGAAAAACCGCGCCGGAAGAGGCGGAUUCGUGUUGGUUUGGAGAAAUCUGCCGGUUUGCUUCGAGUCCUAGCAGUCGAGCAGUAAAGAUCGAGUAUCUAUUCUUUUGCAGGCCGGAGCCAAUCGGUUGGGGAAAAUAUCGGUAGGAUUGAGCAUCGGACGGUGGAGAUUCCUCCUGCGAGUCCGUACGGCCAGGGAUCGCCUCGCUCUCAAUCUCACUUCUGUCCUCUAGCAGGCCGUACAGCAGGCCUUGCAUCGCGGUUCCCUUCAGGCCCGUGAAUCGCUGAUUUAUUAAUCAGGUCGAGAAUCGUUAAAGAUCGUGCAUCUCUUUGUCCGUACAGCUAGGGUUCUUUUCACCAGAUCUCUGCCGGAUUUUUGGCUAAAGGAGGGAUUUCCUUUGCGCCGCUGCCGUUAAAGGUCGGACAGCUUUUCCGUUUCAAAGGCACGCAGCGACUGACACGGAUUUAUUUCGGGAUUAAAGCUUUUUCAGAGAAGGGGCCUGCGUUACAGAUCACGGGUUGCGUAUUAUAGGAUCUGCAGGAAGGAGCAUUUCUAGGGUUUCUCCGGGGCGUAUUAUAGCAACUGCGUAUUAAUGCCUGUCGAGUAAUUACGUGGUCUUGAUUGAGUAUUAAAAAGCUGCUUUUGGUAGGUGUGAAGCUGAAAAGAUCUUUCUCUGUUUGAAGAAAAUCCCCAUCCAUCCCAUCCGUAAAGGUUUUUUUAUUUUUAUUUUUUAAAUUUUGUGUGUUUGAAAUCUCUCUCUGUGAACGGUGGAAUGGGGUAGUGUUUGAGAAUCGAUCGCCUCUAUCCGAUUCCUUUUGAUGCAAGAGCUGUCAUAGAUCGAUCUCUUGGGGGAUUUGUCGUCGGGUUUUCAUGGCACAUGUCGCUUCGAAUCAUUCCUCCGGAGGCCAUGGUUCAGGGGCCUCUGGAGAUGUGUUGUAUAAGGAAUUAUGGCAUGCCUGUGCGGGGCCAUUGGUUACGGUGCCUCGUGAAGGAGAGCGGGUUUACUACUUUCCACAGGGUCAUAUGGAACAGCUGGAGGCAUCAACUCAUCAGGGGCUGGACCAGCAGAUGCCUUCAUUCAAUUUACCAUCGAAAAUUCUCUGUAGGGUAGUGAAUGUUCAGCUUCGGGCUGAAAAUGAAACGGAUGAAGUUUAUGCACAGAUAACUCUGUUACCUGAAACUGACCAAGGCGAGGUUACUAGCCCAGAUCCUCCACUCCCAGAACCUCAACGGUGCACAGUUCAUUCAUUUUGUAAGACCCUUACUGCUUCUGACACAAGCACCCAUGGAGGAUUUUCUGUUCUCAGAAGGCAUGCAGAUGAAUGCCUUCCACCACUGGAUAUGUCCCAACAUCCCCCUUGGCAGGAAUUGGUAGCUACAGAUUUGCAUGGAAAUGAAUGGCAUUUCCGUCACAUUUUUCGAGGACAACCAAGAAGGCACCUGCUGACAACAGGCUGGAGUGUGUUUGUAAGCUCCAAGAGACUGGUUGCGGGUGAUGCGUUCAUCUUCCUACGAGGUGAAAACGGAGAGUUGCGUGUUGGGGUUAGGCGGCUAAUGAGGCAACUAAGCAAUAUGCCGUCAUCUGUUAUAUCCAGUCACAGCAUGCAUCUUGGGGUCCUUGCCACUGCAUCUCAUGCCAUAUCAACUGGGACUCUCUUUUCUGUUUUCUACAAGCCAAGGACAAGCCAAUCUGAGUUUAUCGUAAGUGUCAACAAGUAUCUUGAAGCUCGGGGCCACAAACUCUCUGUUGGUAUGAGGUUCAAGAUGAGGUUCGAGGGCGAGGAGGCUCCCGAGAGGAGAUUUAGUGGUACUAUUGUUGGUGUUGGGGACACUCUAUCAUCUCGUUGGGCAGAUUCUGAAUGGAGAUCCCUAAAGGUUCAAUGGGAUGAACCUUCAGCAAUCCUGCGUCCCGAAAGAGUUUCACCCUGGGAAUUGGAGCCGCUGGUAGCUGCAGCUCCUUCAACCACACAACCAGCACCAAAGCACAAACGGGCACGACCACUGGUUUUACCUUCAACACCAUCAGACCUACCUACAUUUGGCCUAUGGAAAUCCCCAGAUAACGCUACCUCAAAUCUUUCAUAUUCUGGUCUACGAGGGAGAGAGCUGUACUCAUCACCUAAUUCUACUUCCCUCUUCUCCCCUAUGUCAAAAGCUGGGUCUUUUGGAUUCAAUGGAAGCAAUGCAACACCCGCAAUCUCUGGCCACCAGAUGUAUUGGUCUAACCGAAGUGAAGUUCCAUCAGAUGCUUAUGCCACAGUUGCCAACAGAGAAUCUGGUGAAAAGCGGCCUGAGACUGGUAAUGGCUACCGGUUGUUUGGGAUCCAGCUGGUUGGUAACUCCAAUGCUGAGGAAACCUCUAUGGUGGCGACUGUUCCUGGUGUAGUUGAAGAGGAUCCAUUUGUUCCAUCUUUGGAUGUGGACUCUGAUCGGCAAUCUCAGCCAUCAAAUACCAACCGAUCUGAUAUUCCUGCUGUCAGCAGUGAGCCUGAAAAGUCCUGUCUAAGAUCACCUCAAGAGACACAAAGCAGGCAAACGCGGAGCUGCACCAAGGUUCACAUGCAAGGGAUGGCAGUUGGUAGAGCUGUGGACCUAACAAGGUUUGACCGGUAUGAUGACCUGCUCAGGAAGCUGGAGGAGAUGUUUGGCAUUGAAGGUGAACUCUGCGGGCCUGCAAAGAAAUGGCAGGUUGUCUACACAGACGAUGAGGAUGACACAAUGAUGGUUGGCGACGACCCUUGGCAUGAGUUCUGCAACAUGGUGAGGAAGAUCUACAUCUACACGUGUGAGGAAGCGAAGAGGCUAACACCCAAGGUGAGGAUGCCGGUCAAGGCAGAUGCCAAACUCGGGAAGUCGGCUGUGGCCGAUGAUGGUGGGGGAGGAUUGGAAGAUCAGGCGUCUGUUGGCAAUUGAUGCUGAUGUGGCUAUGGUGAUUGGCCGGAGAAUGGGACCACAUUUUGAUUACGGUUGGAAGUAGCUGACGUGAUCGAAAGCGUGUUUGUUAUGAAUGGGGCCACUUUUGGUGACAUGGGGACCUGUCUUUGGGAAGAAAAAGCGGGGCCUAUUACUUACCUUUUCUUCCGUGGCCCCUUUUUGUUUUCUUUUUCGGCUGUUGUGGCUUUUUUUUUUUUUUUAGCUGCUUUGGGAAAUCUUUUCUAGUGCUUGUGGGAAAUGGACUAGGUGGGAUGUGUGACACGUGGCUGCUGCCAAGGCCGUCGGAUGAUCUCAAUGUGACACGCUAGUGGGGCUGGGUUCGGUCUGUUGCUCUCUGUCUAAGACGCGGAGAAAUGGAAUCCUCUUCUUUUUACCCACGACAUGACUAUAAUAUAAAUGUACUAUCUGCUCUCUCUCCCUUUGAAUGUAAGAUGGCCUAUCAUCCUUUUCAUUUCA